AGGCGGAAGGUGCUGCUGUUAACUUCCCCUUCCUUCUCCGCGGAAAGCUGCAUUUCCGCUUCCUGGCUCGCUGGCCCCGCCCCCCGCUGGGUCCUAGCGCCGGCCAGGCACAGGCAGAGUCCGGGCUUCUGUGCGUGCGAGGAGCUGAUGCCGGCACCACGGAAGCGGCCCCAGUCGAAUCGGAUGAGAAAACUAAGGUCCUAAGACAUACAAUAAAUUGCACAAGUUUACAUCAGCUGGAGAGUGAUGGAGGCAAGAUUUGAACCUGGGCAUUCUCACUUCAAAGGCUAUGCAUUUAACCACAGUGCUGUACUGUUGUUCUGGACCUCAGUUCUUUUAUCUAUGAAAAGAACUUUUCUCAUGAUGCUGACAUGAAGGAGACGCCCCACCCACCAAGGCCAUGGAGGUGGAGGCCACCGAGGCCGGUUCCCCAACCCCUGGAUACAAGCGAUGUGGCCGCCGCUAUAAGUGCCUGUCCUGUACCAAGACAUUUCCAAACGCUCCCAGGGCCGCGCGCCACGCUGCCACGCAUGUUUCCACAGACCGUGAGGAGGUGGCAGAGGUGAAGCCAACGCAGGACACUGAAGCCAAGGGAGAAGAAGCCAGUGGGGACAAAGGGUCCGGCUCAGCGGCGAAGCCUCGGCCCUAUGCGUGCUCACUGUGCCCCAAGGCCUACAAGACGGCACCCGAGCUUCGCAGCCACGGGCGCAGCCACACAGGCGAGAAGCCCUUCCCGUGCCCGGAGUGCGGUCGCCGCUUCAUGCAGCCCGUGUGCCUGCGCGUGCACUUGGCCUCGCACGCUGGCGAGCUGCCCUUCCGGUGCACGCACUGCCCCAAGGCCUACGGCGCGCUCUCCAAACUCAAGAUCCACCAGCGUGGCCACACCGGGGAGCGGCCCUAUGCCUGCACCGACUGCGGCAAGAGCUUCGCAGAUCCCUCGGUGUUCCGAAAGCACCGGCGCACGCACGCAGGCCUGCGGCCCUAUGGCUGCGAGUGGGUGGGUCCGUCGCCUUCACGCCCGCCCUCUCUGCCCCACAGGUCCCACACUGGGGAGAGGCCCUUCCUCUGCUCCGAGUGCGGGAAGAGCUUCUCCCGCUCGUCAUCUCUCACCUGCCACCAGCGCAUCCACGCGGCACAGAAACCCUACCGCUGCCCGGCCUGCGGCAAGGGCUUCACGCAGCUCAGCUCCUACCAGAGCCACGAGCGCACACACUCCGGGGAGAAGCCCUUCCUGUGCCCGCGCUGCGGCCGCAUGUUCUCCGACCCAUCCAGCUUCAGGCGCCACCAGCGCGCGCACGAGGGCGUGAAGCCGUACCGCUGCGACAAAUGUGGCAAGGACUUCCGGCAGCCGGCCGACCUGGCCAUGCACCGGCGCGUGCACACGGGCGACCGGCCCUUCAAGUGCCUGUUGGCCCUGCCGGUCGGUGUGACAGGCGAGGGCCCAGCCGCCCCCGGCGCAGACACAGGCCUGGGGAACCCUCCGGCGGGGCUGCUAGGGCUGCCUCCUGAGUCCAGCACAGUAAUGGCCACGCAGUGGCAAGUUGUGGGCAUGACGGUGGAACAUGUGGAGUGCCAGGGUCCAGGUAUUGGGGAGGCUCCGGAUCCCUUAGGAUUGGCAGGGGUUGAGGAGGCCGAUGAGAAGCCACCACAGUUUACUUGUCGCGAGUGCAAAGAGACCUUCUCCACUCUGACCUUGCUCCGGCGGCACGAGCGGUCACACCCUGAACUCCGGCCCUUCCCCUGUUCACAGUGUGGCAAGAGUUUCUCAGACAGGGCGGGGCUGCGCAAGCACAGCCGCACUCACAGCUCCGUGCGCCCCCACGCCUGCUCCCACUGCCCCAAGGCUUUCUUAAGUGCCAGUGACCUGCGCAAGCACGAACGCACUCACCCAGUGCCGGUAGGGACCCCCAUACCGCUGGAGCCGCUCGUGGCUUUGCUAGGAAUGCCUGAAGAGGGGCCGUCUUGAGGCCCAUGGUCCCCUUCACCGCACUCCCAAUUGGAGGGCCCUGCUCACACAGGGACCUCAAACUGCUUGGUGCCCCUCCAGCUCUUUAGACUCCAGAUCCCUGCCCCUUGGGCAACUAGCUCACCUGCCACAAAACUAAGAACUGGGGACAAUAGAGGUGGUCAGCAUCUGUGAGAGAGUUCUCUGGACACUCACUAAAGCAUUCACUUUGACCCUGGGCUAUCUUCUGUGUCCUGGUUGAGGGUGAGUGAAUGGAGCUGGAUGUCAAGGGGAUCAGUGGAGACCCCCAGUCUGAUGGGUCCUUACAUGUAUUAUUUCCCAAGGUGUUUUGGGAUCUUUUGUGACAAAGCAUUUCAUGGCCAAGUAAGUACAGGAAGUUCCCGAUCCUCAGAAAAUUUUGUUAAAAGCAUCAAACCAGGUGUGGUGCACACACCUAUAAUCAGCUACCUGGAGGUUGAGGCAGGAGGAUCACAAGUUUGAGGCCAGACUGGGCAGUUUAGCAAGAGCCUGUCUCACAAAGAUAAAGGGCUAGGGCUGUAAUUUGGUGCCCUCAGGGUUUGAUCCUCACUUCCCAAAGAAAAGAAAGCUGGUUGCAGUGGUGCAUGCCCAUAAUCCCAACACUCCAGGCUGAGGCAGGAGGAUUGCCAGGAGUUCAAUCCUGGGCUACCUUGCGACCUUAGGGCCAGUUGAAUUACAUAAUAAGACCCUGUCUCAAAA